UGCUUGAUGCACUUCACAUAUAUUCCCAACACCCACAAAUCAUCUUACUCACACAGCCAUUCACCCAUCCUCCCUACAAUGGAACUCCAUUUCCCCAUCCCAACUCUCUUCACACUCCUCCUCACAGCAAUCCACCUCCUCCGCGCCGACUCCACUCAGCCGCCGUUCUCGUGCGACUCAUCCGACCCCGCACUCAUUCACCAAAGAGCACGGGACCUUGUGUCCCGCCUCACGCUGGACGAGAAGAUUUCUCAGCUCGUUAACUCGGCCCCGGCCAUCCCGCGGCUCGGCGUCCCCGCCUACGAGUGGUGGUCGGAGGCCUUGCACGGCGUCUCCGGUUACGGGCGCGGCAUUACUUUCGGCGGUCGAAUUUCCGGCGCCACCAGCUUCCCACAAGUCAUCCUCUCCGCUUCCACCUUUGAUUCUCAUCUCUGGUACCGCAUUGGUCAGGCAAUUGGAAAAGAGGCAAGAGGAGUGUACAAUGAAGGGCAAGCAAAGGGGAUGACAUUUUGGGCACCCAACAUAAAUAUAUACAGAGACCCAAGGUGGGGCAGAGGGCAGGAGACACCUGGCGAAGACCCAUUGGUUGCGGGUAGGUAUUCGGUGGCGUUUGUGAGGGGAAUUCAAGGGGACAGGUACAAUGGCGGGCAGACCGGUCAUCUUCUGGCCUCUGCUUGCUGCAAACACUUCACUGCUUAUGAUUUGGACAACUGGAAGGGCUUCAAUCGCCUCGGCUUUGAUGCUAAGGUGACAAAGCAAGAUUUGGCAGACACAUAUCAACCUCCCUUUAGAAGUUGCGUUGAAGAAGGGAGAGCGAGUGGGAUAAUGUGCGCUUACAACCGCGUGAAUGGGGUCCCAAACUGUGCUGACUACAACCUCUUGACGAAAACUGCCCGUGGCGAAUGGGGUUUCCAUGGGUACAUCACCUCCGAUUGCGAUGCGGUCCUGACCAUUCAUGAUGAUCACAAGUAUGCAAGAUUACCUGAGGAUGCAGUAGCAGAUGUACUUAACGCUGGCAUGGAUGUCAAUUGUGGCUCCUACUUGAAGAACUACACUAAAUCAGCAAUUGAGCAGAAGAAACUGUCCGAAUCCCAAGUGGACAGAGCCCUCCACAACUUAUUCGCUGUCCGAAUGAGAUUAGGUUUGUUUAACGGGAACCCGAAGCAUCAGCUCUUCGGCAACAUCGGUCCAGACCAUGUUUGUACUAAAGAGCACCAAGAACUUGCCCUUGAAGCUGCAAGAAACGGCAUUGUUCUCCUAAAGAACUCAGCUAAUCUCCUUCCUCUUUCAAAGUCCCGGACGUCGUCCCUCGCCGUUAUAGGCCCCAAUGCCGACAACGGAUAUGCACUGCUCGGAAAUUAUGAGGGCCCUCCUUGCGAGUCUGUGACAAUCCUCAAAGCCCUCCAGGGCUACAUGUCGAACACGUUGUACCAUAAGGGCUGCGAUGCUGUGAGUUGUGCGUCGGCUGCAAUUGAGGACGCUGUCCAAACAGCAAAACGGGCUGAUCAUGUUGUUUUGGUGAUGGGAUUGGAUCAGAGUCAAGAGACGGAGGAUCACGACCGUGUGGAGCUGACGCUUCCAGGGCAGCAAGAGAGUCUUGUCAGGGCGGUGACUGCAGCUGCUAAGAGGCCUAUUGUUCUUGUGCUGGUUUGUGGAGGCCCUGUCGACGUUUCUUUCGCCAGGGAUGAUCCGAACGUCGGUAGCAUUAUUUGGGCUGGCUAUCCAGGUGAAGCUGGAGGAAUUGCACUGGCAGAAAUCAUUUUCGGUGAUCACAAUCCAGGGGGAAAACUACCCAUAACUUGGUACCCAAAGGAUUUCAUCAAUGUACCAAUGACUGACAUGAGGAUGAGGCCUGCGUCCGGAUACCCCGGGCGGACUUACCGUUUCUACAAGGGACCAAAAGUGUUCGAGUUUGGACAUGGCCUCAGCUACACAACCUAUUCCUAUGAGUUCAUUCCCUCCACUCCAAACACAAUCCACUUAGACCAAUUAACACAUGCUCUUCAGGCAACUGAUGAAAGUCCACAUUCGAGCCGCUGCCUGUCAGUAUCCAAGAUUGGGAUGGACACCUGUGACAGGCUGAAGUUUUCAACUCAUGUCGGGGUUGAGAACGCAGGCGACAUGGCUGGAAAACAUCCCGUUUUGCUGUUCGUCAGGCACGGAAGGCCUGACGAUGGACGGCCUGUGAAACAGCUGGUGGGAUUUCAGAGUGUGAGCUUAAAUGCAAGAGAAAGAGCUGAAAUCGAGUUCGUUUUGAAUCCAUGCGAGCAUCUCAGUAGUGCCAAUGAAGAUGGGGUGAUGGUAAUAGAAGAGGGAUAUAGAUUCUUAGUUGUAGAAGGUAAAGAGUACCCUAUUAACGUUGUACUUUGAACAGUCAUGGCCAAGUUUCAAGAACUGUAUGUUAAUUUGGCCUAAUAGAAUAGAAAUUUUGAUGCAAGAAUCAUAGCCCUUUUGUAUUUGGGGGAGAUGUUUGUCAGUAAUCUGUUUUAAGGUUUCGUUUCGUGUAUUA